AUUUUUUUGUACCUCGCUUCUCCGCCUGUAUUUUGCAUAUAUAUAUAUCUAAAAAUAGAGCAAAAUGAAUCAUAAAAUUGAAAUUAUUAGUCCAAGUGAGGAGAAUCCUUGAGAUACCAGUAUUUUAUUGUGUCUCUUUCUGCCAAAUUGUACUUAAAAAUUUGUCAGUUUAUCAACUGAUGAAUGCCAGCUAAUUUACUACUUUAUAAUUGAUAUUAGGUCCGGGAAAUUGAAUCGUGUGACAACUAGAUUUAUAAAGAUUAUGAUUUAUGAAAAUUAGAAAAUACUUGAGGAAUGAUUGAGUAACAAGUUCGUAAGCACUAAUUAAAAGAAUUUGAGAUGAAAUAUUGGUCAUUAUCUGUGCACCGAGCAAUUUAGAUUUUUAUUCAAUUUUAACGAAAACUUUUCGUAGUACGAUGAGCAUGUACAGUAUUUUAUAUUUCCAUUAAACUGGAGUAUACUGUCAAAUAGUAUGAUUAGUUUUCUUAUCAAAGAGACAAACAGGAGAGAGAGUGUGAUUUUGCAGAUAACCACGAAUUUUCGUACGACAUUUAUCAAAAAUAAAUUCUAAAAAUGUGCAGAGAUAUUGUACUAUAUAAUACUUGCUUCGAGACCACAGAAAUUAGUGGAGUAAAUCACUUAAACUAAUGGAUUACUCUCUACUAAGAACAAUAUGCUGACAAAUUGCAACGAUUCGGAAACUGGAUAUUACCGCCAUUUGAAAGACAGAGUAGCUAAAAAGAGGUUCAGAACGGCAAAAAAUAAAAUGGACAAAUCGAAUAUGAAAUCACCUCACAUUUCAUCUCACACUACAAAACAGUUAUCAUAUACUUCUAACCAUGUUGAAAAUAAAAUACAGUCUACUGCUGUUUUAAGUUACCUUUUGUGUUCCCGAGAAAAAGAAAAGUUGUAUGCAAAUCAUUCAAUCGAACAAAAUAAUAUUGUACAUAAGCAAUUGCAGGAAAUAAUGGCAAGAAGGCCUGUAACUACUUCCAGCAUAAAGCCGAGUGACAUACUCAAACACGCUCCUCAAAAACACUCAAGAGCAAAAAUUGGAGGUAGAGAAAAAUCAUCUAAUUUACAUAGAGCUAGGCUAAAUACCUCGACAAGAUUUGAUAGCGUUUCAGAGAAGAUUGCGGAUUUUGAAAAAAAGACAAAUCGAGUCACACCAAAUAGCUCUCAAACUACUAAAAUAUUUUGUUUGCCAUAUGAACGAGAUAAUUUCAUGGAAACAAACGAGACAUAUUUAAAUAGAAGAAGUCCUUGUUUAACUACGCCCGAAACCGUUCCUUUAUAUCACAAUUCCUCACAGAACAUGAGAGAAUAUCGUCAACCGCCCAAUUUAUCUGAGGGCUGGAGCAUAAAGUCAAAUGGUACAUUCAACCACCCAUACGAGCCAGCACAAUUAGCAAACUUCAACUCAUAUUCAGGGUAUAUAAAUCAUUCAUCACGCCAUCCUGAAACUCUAUGUUGGUCCAGAUAUUAUGCAAACAGUUUGAUGUCUCCAGAAAAUUGGUAUUUUGCGACCAAUGGACAUAUUAUGAGUACACCAUUUCGCUAUCGUCAAACUUGGGACGAAAUACCAAGCUCAAUAAUGCAUCGUAACCGACAGUUUAGAAAGAAAAACUACUCGAAAGCUUUUUUAUUUGGAUUUGUUUCUCCAACUGCAAACUCAUAUAGCGAAAGAGCCAAAAGAAGUGAGGAGGAACGAAGCAGUGAAAGUACAAAAAACCCUGAAAAACAAGAUCGUACUUAUGCCGCUGCAGUUAUUGAAAUGACUCCAAAAGUUAAAACAAAGCCGUUGCGACGAGGAUCAAAAACAUAUUGUACUUCAUUAGGAACAGUUCAUCGACAACAACGAGGAUUGAAACGAACUUUACUUGCACUUCUUGGAUUUUGUUUGCUGUUAAUAGCAGUGAUUUGUAUUGCUUAUCAUAUAAUUUAACGAUUUAAUUUAUAGUUCCUACUGUAUGUGCUACUACUGCUGAAUAAGAUUUAUAAAAAAAAAAUUGCGUUUCAGUUUUUUAUGCACAGUGGUCCUUCUGUAUUCUGUUAAGUUGACAUCAAAACUCGACUUUGAAACAUUAUUUAUUUAUUGGAAAUAUGCAAUUGCAAUAUAAUGCAAAAAAGCAUUAUGCUGACUGGACAACCUGACACUAAUAAGGCUUCCAGCCUUCCAACACAUUAUAUACUUCUUUCAGCACUACUUGUUACCAUGGCUAUGCGCUCUGUAAACCUCGACUGCACAUUUAAUUAUUCGAUCAUAAUGCUCAAUUGUGCAUAAAUAUUUAAUACGAAGUGUACUUGUGAAUCGUUUUCACCAAUUUAUUGUUGCUCUUGUUGAGAUCGCUGUUGCUCUGGAAAGCAAUCGCUUUUCUAUGCAACUAAUGGAUCAGUCAAUUUCAAAUUUCCAAUAGGCUACUUGAACUUGAUCGAAGCCGCUAGAAGGCUAUUAAUCUUAUUUUUUCAAGUUUCCCGAUAUUUCACCGAAGAUUUCGUUGUUUUAUUUUAAUUCAUGGGAACACUUUUAAAUAACGCAUAUAUAUGAGAACAUUUCACUUGACAUUCUUUCUACGUAUUUAU